GGCACAGUCAGCUGCGCUGUCUGGGUCACAACAAGAGUAGGCAUGGCAGAAACCCUUUGUUAUGGAACUGGGCUGGGCUACAUCAGAUUUUUACGGUCUAACGUCCAACAGAUGCAGUUUCAGGAGAUCUGUGCUAGGAGGCUUGUGUCAGGCUUCAAAAUUACUUGCAUGGUAUGGGAUUCGACAUCCUCUGGAGCGAAUACGCAGAUUGCAGUGGGAACGAGGGACAAAAUAGUUCAAGUCCUCAUUCUCAACACAAAUUCACAACUGCAGUCUAUAUUUUCGGUGCGACUCGACAACAUAGUGCCAAAGUCUGUAGCAUUUGCAGACAAUGGGUCUGUUUAUGUCUUCGGACUAUAUGACGGGAACUUCAUCAAGCUGAAGGGUAAUGACGGUGCUGUGGUAAAGAAAUACAGUUGCCAGUCAGUUAUUGGACAUGCAGCCGUCAACCAGAAGAAAGGUGUGUUCAUAGUAGACAAUGCCACCAAUGGUUUUACUUUGUAUCGACUUGAAGGUGAUGAGGAACCAGUUCAAACAUCCGUGACCACUGCUCUGAGUGUGUCCGUCCCAAAGCAGGUGACAUUCAGUGCAGAAGAAAGAUUGAUCGUUGGGGGGAGCGACCAUGGAUCAGUGUAUGUAUUCAAGAGGAAAACAGGGAAGUUAUUCAAUACUCUUCACCACUCCAAUACAGGUUUGGUGCAGACAAUAGCA